AUGUACAUGUCUGGCGUGUACAUCAGCUCCAUCCAGGGUUGUCUUUACACUUUGAGGAUCUUCUUUGCAUAUUUCUUCAUUGCCUUGGGUUUCCUUUCCCUCUUAACUGGAAUCUUCUGGUCCAUUUGUCAUGGAAUGAAGUGCAGAAUGUAUACAGAACAGAGGAGGAGACAACCAGACAAUAGGGUCCAUGUUUCUACUGUGGACAGGCCAGACUUCUAUCCUCCCUCUUAUGAGGAAUCGCAGUGCACAAGUGAUGCUCACAUUGAAACCUCACGUGCAUGUGAGGUCCCUCUAUGUGCAGCACCACCGCUGUAUACACAGAGCAGCUCUGACACAGUGAAUGUGGACUUCAGCCAUGAAGAGCCUCCAACCUACCAGCAAGCAGUCCUUUAGAGUCCACAAGAGCCCUUGUCAGAUAUCUCUAGAUUAGUAUGAGACAGUGGUGUAGUCCUACCACCAACAACAAAAAAAAAAAGUCCACCAUAUUACCCAGUCCAUGUUCAUCUGUCCGGGGGGUUUGGGAUAUUGGUCUGUUAUACGCUGCGUAAUCUGUUUAUAGGAAGUGGCGAAAUUGCAACUCUGUAAAUAUCGUAUAUAGGUCAUUCUUACAAUUCGGUGACAUUCAAGCUUUGAAACUUUUGAAAAAUAAAACAUUAUUUUACAAGUAUCUUAAUGUUUCAUCAUUACAGGGACAUGUUAAAGAUUGUAUUAUUCAUACAGGUCAAGCUAAAUGACUUAAAAUUUCAGAUGUAUAUCCAGUUAAAUGGGCAGAAUCAGGGUGGACAAUAACAGGGUGGACAUUCAGUGGAUAAAUGAGCCACUACAUGGUCUGUGAUUGAUAUCUAGCAAACAUAUUUGUAAACUAAUAUUGAUGAUUUUAUUUCUGUUACCAUAAAUACUGUAUAUUGAACAUUUUUAAUUAUAUUAAUCUAUCUUCCAAAAACAGGGUGGACAACAGGGUGGACAUUCAGUGGAUAAAUGAGCCAAUUCAUGGUCUGUGAUUGAUAUCUAGCAAACAUAUUUGUAAACUAAUAUUGAUGAUUUUAUUUCUGUUAGCAUAAAUACUUAUAUUGAAUGUAUAUUGAAGUUUUAAAAUUACAUUAUUUUCCCACAUAUCAGAAUCAGAAUGAGCUUUAUUGUCAAGUGUGCUUACACAUACAAGGAAUUUGUCUUGAUGACAGAAGCUUCCAGUGCAAACCGAACAGAAAAUAAAGUAUAUAUAGAAAUACACAAUAAGACAUAAAAUGUACGUAUGUACAAAUACAAAUCUGUUAUAUACAGAUAGUGCAAAGGAAUGUAAUGGCAUAUCUUCCCAAUGUUAUGCUUGACAACAUAUGGCUAACACCACAAAAUAAAGGACAACAUAAUAAAACAAACUUCAAAUAACUAAAAAAAUUGGCAGAAUGGCUGAUGUUCACCUCCAGUGUGUGAUGUCAUUUCAUAACAUAUAUCUUCAACAAAAGAAAGGUUUUUCUUAUUGUCCACCCUGUUAUGUCAUAGUAUCAUGGCAAAACAGGGUGGACAAUAAGACAAAGGACACACAAAAAACCUCCACUAUCAUGUGUAUUUUAGUUAGAGAAUGUAAUACUAAACUCUUAAUUGUUUGGAGGAAAAAUAGAAAUCCAGUCAUUUAGCACUUAUUUUUGUCAAAUAUAUUUAACGUGCAGUUUUGGGGACAUCAGGAAACGACACAGUGCAAUAGUUGAAAAGGAUUUCAAUGAUUUAAAAUGUAACUAUUAAGCCCACAGAAGUGUGUAACACUAUAAAUAGUCUUUAUUAUUUUUAACAAGCCUAUCAAAAUUGGAAUCAGUUGAAAUUAAACAAUAUAAGUACCACACACACUUGUACUGGGGACUUAAAUGUCACCGAGCUGUGAAAUGACCCAUUUUAUACAGGCGCUCCUUCACAUUAAAAAAACAUCGUGGACGGAUGAAAAAAUGAGUUCAGUGGGAACGUCCCCUACUUAAAUGUUUCCAAUUAAAAUGCUGUAGUUAUUGUUCUUAAGGAUAAUAUCCCAAAGUAUUGCAAUAAUUUCAAUAAAGAAAAGACCGUGAGCCAGUGUUUUCUUCAUAUUUUUUUCUGUACAAUGUUAUUCUUAAUGUGCACUAUUCCACAUGUAUUUGUAUCACAGUACCUUGUCCACACCCAUCCCCAUCUUAGGGGAGGUACGCACUUCCUGUCUUUGUUUAGAGAAAAAGCAGAAACCAAUGUGUUGUGGCCAGCAGUAAUAGACAUCAGAGGUGUAGCUUGAACAAUGAAUGGGAAGUUUGUCGAGGAACUGUGGGAAACAGUUCAGCCUGAAUUGUCAUAGUCACCUUAAACCAAUAACUGCCAUAAAGGAGUGAUAUUAAUAACUGAAAAGUCAGUUCGACAGUGAUGUUGAGGUGUUGGUGGGAUGCUGUUGGGCUGCAGGACAUGGACUGUGGGUAUUACUGUAUCACUGGGUUCUUAGGUUGUCAGCAAGAUUGUGGACAGAUAACAAUGUCAAAAACUAGUUCAACAGAGAAUCUUUUAAAAGUUCUUGCAUGAAUUCAUUCAUCACAUGAAUGAAUGAGAAGAAAUUGUGGAUAUGAGCUGGUGCCACAUUGGUGGAAGAUUUGAAGCUUGUAGUACUUAAGCAUCAUAAACAAAAUGACUAAAAGACUAGAAAUCAGAGAGGUAGUGUGUGAUAUUUGAGAUGGUACAGUAUAGGUAGAAAGUAGUGAUGAAGUUACUAAUGCUGCAGAUAUAGAUCCUGUAUAUUUAGCAUGUUUCUAAUCUUUUGUUAUCUAAAUAUCAAAUGCAACGAUUGAACAUAUGCAUCUAUAAUUCUGUUUUGUAUGACUUAUUAUAUGUGAUAAA